GCGUAGUAUUUCAGGCGCUUCUGGGGCUUAGGUACAUUCACACCAAGGGAUGCAUACACCGUGAUAUCAAAUGCUCAAACAUACUGAUCACCAACGACGGAGUGGUGAAGCUGGCCGACUUCGGCUCAGCGUCGACUAAGGCGAAGGAUGUGAACUCGUUUGUGGGCACGCCCUACUGGAUGGCUCCGGAAUUAAUUACGGCUAUGGAAGAGG